GUAUGUUUUCAGUUUAUACGAAUCUAAAAGCAGCGACCUCAUCCCUCCACCCUCGCCGUAACAGCACAGACAAGCCCUAGGGUUUUAGCACUGCUCGAGCGCGCGGCCGGCGACGCAGACCCGCAGACACACUUUCCGGCCAUGUCGGCGGCGGCAGCAGCUGCGGACACGUACUCCCCGGCCGCGGAGGCUGGGAGCAAGCGCCGGGAGAGGAGGGAGGAGCUGCGGCGCCACCUCGCCGAGGACGCCGAUUGGCCCCGCGCCGACGGCCGCUCCUUGCACGACUGCCGCCCCGCAUUUAUGCAAACAGGGCCAACUACUGCUGCAUCAGGGUCUGCUUACGCAGAAUUUGGGAAGACAAAGGUCAUUGUGUCAGUGUUUGGCCCAAGGGAGAGCAAGAAAGCAAUGCUGUACAGUGACACUGGUAGGCUCAAUUGCAGUGUGAGCUAUACGACUUUUGCUACUGGUAUACGUGGACAGGGGUUGGAAAACAAAGAGUACUCUGGAAUGCUUCACAAAGCCCUGGAAGGCGCAGUAAUGCUACAUACUUUUCCGAAGACAACUGUUGAUGUUUUUGCGUUGGUUCUUGAGUCUGGUGGCAGCGAUCUUCCCAUUAUUAUAUCUUGUGCUAGUCUUGCAUUGGCAGAUGCUGGGAUCAUGAUGUAUGACCUUGUUACAUCAGUAUCUGUGUCCUGUUUAGGGAAGAAUGUCAUCAUCGAUCCAACCUCAGACGAGGAGGCAUGGCAAGACGGAGGCCUUAUGGUGUCUUACAUGCCGGCCCGCAAGGAGAUCACACAACUUACGCUGACUGGGGAGUGGACUGAUGGCAAAAUCACCAAUGCGGUAGAGCUCUGUAUGGAUGCUUGCAGCAAGCUCUGCGAGAUAUUGCGGGAGCGCUUGAAAGACCCCGCGAGCUUGGCGAGCGAAUGACAUUUGAGCAGACACAUGUUUUCAGAUUCGCAACAGAUAUCCUUAGCUGUAGAGGUUUUGUAGGGAAGGAGGACAGGGCUGAUGUUUGGAGGAGCACAAUUUACAUGGCUGUGGUGAUUGUUUCUUUUGGCAAAAGAGCGAAUUGUUUAGCCGAGAGAAAAUCUUGUAGGUGUGCUAGUCAUGUCUUUUAGUAUGCAUUUGGAACCUGAGACUUUUCGGAACUUUGUAUCAUUCAAUGGAUUUAGGGAUGCAAAUUUGGAACCUA